AUGGUUAAAGUUGGUGUUCGUCCUAAUGGUAAACAAGUUCUAAUUAGAACGGCAGAAGAUGACGAGAAGAAUUUUUCUUUCCUUGAUAUUGUCAAUAGAGUGGAUUUGUUUCCUUUACAUUUUGAAAACCUUGAAGCUUUCCAAAAAAACGUAUAUUAUUUAACCACACACCAUGGAAUUAAAGUCGGAUUUGUUUGCAAAUUUAUUGUUACAGAAUUGAGAUCAUUGAUUCCAUCAGUUUUACUCAAUGAAACAUUUUUCAUCGAUGACGCAACGCAUAGAUUAAUAUUUAAGUCAACAGAUUUCGAAACAAGAAAUAGCCAACUUGAAGAAAUUGGACAAAUUUUAUAUAGAUCCCCCAAUUGUAAAUUGAAGGCUUUAAAAGCGUGGAGAAAUGAAAAGUAUGCUAUAUGGAUUGGAGGGGAACCUUAUGUUUUAUUGGAACGUGCUCUAUCCGGUCCUUUUGGUAUUAUAACCCAUGGUUCUCAUAUCAAUGGCUACGUGACCGAUCCUGACACUAAAGAAAUCAAAUUUUGGAUUCCAAGAAGGUCUGCUACUAAACCUACCUGGCCACUUAUGUUAGAUAAUAUUGUCGCAGGUGGACUAGGUUAUCCAUAUGGACCAUAUGAAACAGUGAUUAAGGAAAGUUUAGAAGAAGCAAAUUUGGAGAAACCCAUAGUGGAAAAAUAUAUUGAAGCUGCAGGCGUUGUCACUUAUUUUCACUAUGAAGGUGAUGCAGAUAAAGAUAAUUUCAGUUCAGAAAGAUCAUAUAUUGUUGGUGAGACAGAAUUUAUUUAUGAUUUACAUUUGCCACAUGAUGUUAUUCCUAAGCCUAAUGAUGGAGAAGUGGAUUCUUUUAACUUAAUGACAUUAGAAGAAGUUGUUCAAGCUUUGAUAAAUAAAGAGUUUAAACCAAACUGUGGUCUUAUAAUGGUGGAUUUCUUAAUUAGACAUGGAUACAUAAAUGUGGAAAAUGAACCUAAUUACAUUGAAAUUGUUAACAAGGUACAUAGGCAUUUUCCGUUUCCAACAAUUUCAUCUAAUUGA